CUGCGACACGGGACCGAGAUGGCUCCGACCACGGACGACUACACAUUGUUGGUGCCCUCGAUGGGCAGAUGGACAAGCGGAAACCUUACGGAUCGAUUGGACGCGGCCGGAAAUCACACACCAAAAGUCCACGCCGAAUGGUUCUGCGGGCCGAUGGUGAUGCAAGCACGGGACAGAAUGUAGACCAAUCGGCCGAUAUCUUGUGCUCGUCAGUGUUUCUCACCUACCGUGAGGGAUUGUUCUUCAGCACUAAGCAACCGAAGGCUCGGGAAGCGAAUUGUACCGAUGUGUAGUGCUCACGCCAUUAACUUUGUGUUCAAUUUUGUGCCGCGUGUGUCGUCAAUAGAUUAAGUGUUCGAUGAAUGCCCAACAGCCCCAAAAGUCCCUAUAAUUACUUUGUGAAACAAAAGUGAAAACUGUGCAUUUUUACAUUAUCUUCCUGACACUCAAACUCAUACGAUCCUUGAAGAUACAAAUAUAACCAAGUUUUCUUACGUACUCGUGGACUAAUUCAACGCCUUCCGGCUCUUCUCCUCCGCAUGCGUCGAUUAAAUUUGUGGUGAAUCCUUAUUGACAGGUUAACAUUGAAAAAUUACUUGAACACUUGCUUUGAACCUGUUCCAACCGACAAGCAACGGAUAAUUAGAUUGCUUCUGUGCUACGCAGGAUUCACCAUCCUUCCCACGACGAUUGUUCGACAGGAGCGGAGCAAACAUUUUUCAACAUCACCUAACACGGAAAGAAUAAAAAAUAUUAGCAUAAUUUGCUUCGAACGUGACUUGCAUCGUACCCCGAGCUUACCGUUUUGGCCUAUCGGCGCUAUAUAAAAGCUGCCCCACGCGGACUCCGUAGCUGCAGAACACAGCCAGUGUGCAUCGAAGCAAGCAACUGCAUACUCGACGAGUAGUGCCCUGGUGUAGGAAUAGUGCGCGUUACCAUGGCGAAGGUGACGGUAGCGUUUCUAGUUUCGCUGGUAGCCUAUCUUGCCUACUACGCUCUGGUCAGUGAGGCACAGCCGAUUGGAUCCCUCGUGCUAGCAUCGUCCGGUUCUGGACACUCUCCGGCCGGUUCCUCGACCGCCGACGAUGGUAGUGAUAGCGUUCGAUUAGAAAAAGUGCAGCAUGCAUGGCUUAAGGACAACAAUGCUUACCGUGCUCGAACCAAAACCCGACAGUACGACCGAAAACAUCCGGGUGCAAGCGCCUUUCAAGCCUAUCGACGAACGGUACCCCUUCCUGUACUCGCGUUGAAGGACCAAGCGGCCAGUAGUACGUCGGAACUAUUAUCUCCAGAGACGGUGGAUCUUGGUAAGGCAGACCAGCUACGAUUUAACUUCGCGGGAUAUCUUCCCGACGGUGGGACACUGCUGGACGAAGAUGACGAGGAUGAUGAGCUCGGUGGUUUGGUGAAACGAUUCGACGACUACGGCCAUAUGCGAUUCGGGAAACGAGGUGGCGAAGGUGAUCAGUUUGAUGAUUACGGGCACAUGCGGUUCGGGCGCUAAAAAGAAAAAAAAACAUCCAUCCAUAGUGUCAUCAGAGGUGUUUGGGCUAGGAAGUUAUGUGCAAGAUGAACACAUGUUUGGUACGGUUACUUACAUGCGAUGUCUGUUUUGGGGCGGCAAAUAAAGCAAAC